AUGGGUAUACAUAACUCAAAAGAAAAUCAUCGAUUAAAAUCCUCAACUAGUGAUAAUAAUACCUGGCGAUCAUCAAUUACUACGACAAAUAAAUCGUUUACUAUCAAUAAAAGAAAUGAUUAUUAUGGAUGGCAAGAAAUUUAUCGUGAUUCACAUGUUGAUUGGCUUCAUGGAAUAUCAGAAUUAUUUGGUUUUGCUCAUCAUACAUUUACAUGUAAUUCUGAACUUCAUAGUAUAUGUGCACCUGGUUUUUGUUCAGAAUCUUUAUCACGUAAACUUCAUGGUUUUUCACGAUGUUCAACAAAAAAAUUUCGUUGUACAUCUCGUUCAAUUCUUCCAUCAUCAUCAACAUCAACAAAAAGUAAAAAAUUACGUGAACAUUUUGAAUAUAAUCAUAUACCAGCAAUGAUUAGUUCAUUACAAAAUUAUUCUGUCCAUAGAAUAGUUAAUGGUUGUUCAAUAUCGGGUUUUAAUCAUGGUGAUACAAUCAUGUUAUCAAUUUAUUCUGUUGUUUUAGAUAAAACAAAAUUUAUUAUUGUGGAUUUAAAAUUAAAUAGAUAUGUUUGUGCACUUGGUGAUGAUUAUAAUGGAUUAAUUGAUGCAAGUAAAAUUCAUGCAGCUUGGUCAAUGGAUAGAACACAAGUUAUUAUACGUGUACCAAUUAAUGGUGGAUCAGCUGCAUUAGAUUUUUAUAAAAUUAUAAAAAAAGAAGCUAAACUUUAUCGUCGAAUUUUUCCAAUUGAUAUUCAUGCUCAAUUUCAAUUUAGUCCUAAUUAUUGGUCAUCUCGUUUAGCUAUGUAUACAUAUUCAACUCAACAUCAAAGUACAUUAAUUAGUUAUAAUAUAGCUGCAUUAACACCUGGAGGCUCAAAUAAAAUUCAAACACACACUAUUUCAUUGAAUGAACAAUAUAUUGGAUCAUAUUUGACUUUAAAAAAUGUACAUGCAUGGUCAACAUAUAAAUAUGAACAUAUUUCAUUUGAUGAAGGAUUUCGUCUUCUAUCAAUUAUUUAUACACCUGAUAGUGUUUAUAUUAUAUUAACAUUUGCAGAUACACGAUGUCACUGUGGACAAACACUACCUAUUAGUUAUUUUGAUAUAUACAAUGCAAAUACAUUGCAACGUUUAACUCGUAUCCAUCAACAAUUAAUGUCUCAUAUAUGUCCAUUGCAUAUGUGUCGGAAUUUUUUAACACCGAUUUUUUCUGUAUCAUCUUCAAGAAUGGCAUUUUGUACAACAAAAAAUAAUGGUGGAAGAGAUUUACAAGUAUCAAUUAUUGUCUUACCAAAUGAACUUAAUUUAAAAUCUAUUUGUCGUCGUUUAUUGAUACAUUAUUUAUAUGAAUCAAAUGGAAAAAUUGAAGAUAUUACUCGUGAACUACCUUAUCGUCUCAUUCAAUAUAUUCAAUAUAGGCCGGAAUAUCAAUAA